AGCCAGAGGCCAGAGUCCAGAGAGGGGGGCGGGGAGAGAGCGGCCCCUCGCCCGCCCAGUUCCCCAGGCCGCCGGCUCAUUGAGCGCGCGCAGCGCGGCGCCGGCACAGCCCGCGGGCCUGGCGCUGUGCGGACCGGGCGGGAGGCAUGCUUCGGUGGAUUGCCUCCCGGGGCGCCCGGGGUCUGGGGGUCGGCAGGGGCGCGCAUCCUGCCGUGGGCCUCUGCCACCCGGGCCGCAGCUCCAGCAGCCGGUCCUCCGAUGCGCCCCGGAACCAGCCCCCCAGCUCCGAGUUCGUGGCCCGGACGGUGGGCGUCUGCUCCAUGAUGCGGCUGCCAGUGCAGGCCUCUCCCGAGGGGCUGGACGCCGCCUUCGUCGGGGUGCCGCUGGACAUUGGGACCUCCAACCGGCCCGGGGCGAGAUUUGGACCCCGGCGGAUCCGGGAAGAAUCAGUGAUGCUUCGGACAGUCAACCCUAGCACGGGGGCCCUCCCCUUCCAGUCCCUCAUGGUUGCAGACCUAGGCGAUGUGAACGUCAAUCUUUACAACCUUCAGGAUAGCUGCCGUUUAAUUCGAGAGGCCUAUCAGAAAAUUGUAACAGCUGGCUGUAUUCCCCUGACCUUGGGUGGAGAUCACACAAUCACAUAUCCGAUUCUGCAAGCGAUGGCAAAAAAGCAUGGCCCCGUGGGGCUGCUGCACGUGGACGCUCACAUGGACACAGCUGACACGGCCCUUGGAGAGAAGCUCUACCACGGGUCGCCCUUCCGCCGCUGUGUGGACGAGGGGCUCCUGGACUGUAAGCGCGUGGUGCAGAUCGGCAUCCGGGGCUCCGCCAUGACCUUGGAUCCUUUCAGAUACAGCCGGAGCCAGGGCUUCCGGGUGGUCCCGGCCGAAGACUGUUGGAUGAAGUCCCUGGUUCCUCUGAUGGGGGAGGUGAGGCAGCAGAUGGGAGGCAAACCCAUCUAUAUCAGCUUUGACAUUGACAGUUUGGACCCCGCCUAUGCCCCGGGGACAGGCACCCCUGAGAUUGCCGGUCUCACCCCGAGUCAGAAUGGAAACUCUAAUUUUAGACAAAGUGACCUCUUCCCACCAUUGCCCUCACUUAUCCUGUCUGCUGGCCACAUCUAACUACUGGUAUUUCUUUCCAUCUCUGUGUCUUUGCAUGUGUCUUUCAGUCUGGGCCGCACUGCUCCUACCUAGCUGCUUGGCCAAUUCCUUGCGCCAAGUGCUUCUACUGCUGGGGAUGCCUUACCCCAGCUCUUGGGGCUGUUUCGUGUGACACUUUCCUAUGCUUGCUUUUUUUUUAACGAUUUAAUUUUUUAAAGUAAUCUCUAUGCCUAAUACGGGGCUCGAACUCUCAACCCCAAGAUCAAGGGUUGCACGCUCUACUGACUCAGCCUGCCAGGGGUCCCUACGCCUGGCUUUUCUUGAAGCCUUUAAUGCAUGACAUUGAAGUGAUUGGUCUGCUUGUGUGUAUUCUGUCCCACAGUGGACCCCUUGGGAGUGGGGGCUCUGUCUUGGCCAUUUGUGUCUCCGUGAUGCCCACCAGUGUGCCUGGCCGUCGAUAGAUGCUUAUUGUGAGAAAGAGAUAGUUCCAAGUCAAAGGGUGGGCGUGCGUUGGGAGAGAGGCACUGGGGCCUCUGUGGUUGCUUUUCGUUGUGAGCGGU